AGACUGUGAACUUUCUAACUCCUUCCACUUCAAUAGAAUACCAGUUAAGAGGGUGAGGAAUAGGGUAAGGACGGAAUCAUGGACUCUAAAUGUUUCAAUGAGCCACGUCAUCCAUGAGUACCGGUGGACCAAUGAGAAUGAAAGACACAGAGUGAGCAUGAAACAGAAGAUUAUUGCUUGCUGUUGCAGUUCUAUAUGGUGGGAAAGCGAUCACACUUAACACAGAAUAACACACAUCAUAACUUAACACAACACAACAGUGGUAAGGAAACAAGAACUGAAGUGAUUGUUUCUCUUUUCCCAUAAAAAAGCAUGGAGGAUGGUGCGGUGGGGUUGUUGGUUUAACGUAGAGGGUUGUUGUCUUUUCGUUUGACUUGUUCUCGAGGCUUCUUGAAAAAAGGGUGUGUGAGGCAUUCUCAGUUGUCCGUCACCAUGUCUCACAAUCAUUCUCCAAUGGAUGUCGAUGGUGAGAAGUGUUACGAGAGCACCAAUCGUAAAAGAGGGUCCAGGAAAAGAAAGCUUCUUGUCAACGAGAGAGUCGAGAUAAAAAGCGUGGAAGAGGGUUUUCUGGGUUCAUGGCACCCGGGGACGGUGGUCCGUUGCGAGAAGCAGAAGCGUUAUGUCAGAUAUGACAAUAUUCUAGAUGAUGAUGAAUCAAAAUACCUUGUGGAUGUGGUGUGUGUUUCAUCUGUUUUGGAUGGUCAUAGUUCUUCUGAUUUUAGCAAUGAAAAUGGAUUCAUCAGACCUUUGCCUCCUCCGUUUGAGUUUGGGGAGAUUGACCUUCCGUUUGGUCUUUGUGUUGAUGUAAAUUAUCAAGAAGGCUGGUGGGAAGGUGUUAUAUUUGAUCACUGCAAUGGAAUGGGGGAGAGGAGCGUGCUCUUCCCAGAUUUGGGUGAUGAAAUGAAGGUAGGAACUCAUCAGUUGCGGAUAACUCAGGAUUGGGAUGAAGCUACUGAGAAUUGGGAGCCACGAGGGAAGUGGGUGUUCCUUGAAGUAGUUCAGGAGUGUGAAAAGGAAUCCUUUGUGGCAGUUUCAGUGAAGCAAAUAUGGUAUGAUAUAAGGACCAGAAAGGAUUUUGACAAUAUAAAACAUUGGACUUGUAAGGAUAAGGACUUGUGGAGAGCCCUUGUAGUGGAAGUGGUUGGUGGCUACUAUGUUCUCACACUGGAAGAAGUUUUGCCAGCUUUAAACCUUCCUGAGGAAUUCUUGAAAGAAACACCAGAAAUGAACUCAGUUGAACCUACUGACAACUUUCAUUGUGAUUCUGCACACACUAAUAUAUUUGGUUCUGACAUUGGAGUUUCAGAUUGCCCUAUGGAAAAAAGUGGUAACAUCAUUUGCUUUCAAGAGGAAUGCGAUAGAGAUCCUUUGAUGGAUGGGGCAUCAGAGAAGAAAAUUAUUUUACAGGAGGAACCUGUAUCUCCUAUUCAGGAGAUCAUGAUUGGUGCCGGUGAAAUAAAGCAGGCUGCUACCUGUUGUUCAAAGAAGAGAAAACUCAGAAGGUCAGUGUCCAUUAGUUGGAAACCUGUGGUACCGAGCAAGGUUGAAUUCUGUCCUGAUGUUGUUAACCAGUAUUUACUUGGACGUGGUAGCAAGACCAUUAGGGAACUUUUGAAGACUAAAGUAUGGAAGCAUCUAGCAUAUCUUGGAUGGAAAAUUGAGUGGAGAGAUAGUAGACAUUAUCCUGGACGUGGACGUGGAUUCUACAGGUACAAGUCACCUGAUGCACAGGACGAGAAGUUUUACGCUUCAAUUGUUCAAGUAUUGACACACAUUCAAUUGGAGUCCAACGUGAACACUGUGCAUCCCCAAGUUGACCACAGUAGGAUGGGUUCUGCAAAUGACUCUGAUAUUUCACUUUUGCUUUCAGACCAACCCCCAAAUGACCAGGAUCUAGAUGUUUGUCCUCCAGAGGAAAGUGUUGGGCAUGUUAAUAGUGAUGAUCUAUCGCAAACCUUGUCCCAUUUUCUUCGAAAAGAGCCUGAAGUGCAUACUGCUUCACCAGCAAGUGUAUCAACUGAGAGUAGAAAACAUAAACACACCAGGAAUUCAAAGGCCAUCAUGCCAAAGGGCGACAUGAAAGGGUCACGUACAGAAUGUCUAAGAUCAAGCAAAAGGGUGCUGUCUGCCCCAAGUCUGUCACACCAACGACCUCAAAAUGUUGUGUCUUGGUUAAUGGGUAGGGGGGUGCUGAUGCCAAGAUGUAAGGUCUAUUACUGGGCAGAAGGAGGCAGUAACACUGAUUCAGCUCAGGGGAGGAUAACUUAUGAUGGGAUUAAGUGUAGCUGUUGCCAGAAAAUAUAUGGUAUUCGGGGCUUUGUAAAUCAUGCUGGUGGAAGUGGUGACUGCAGGCCUUCUGCCAGCAUAUUUUUGAAGGAUGGUAGGUCACUCUUAGAUUGCAUAAUUAAAGAAAUGCACGAUGAUAGAACAAGGGAAGAUAUGAACAGACCAUGCAAUGAUCUGUUGAGAGGAGAGAAUGACGACAUUUGUUCUGUCUGUCAAUAUGGUGGUGAACUUAUAUUAUGCGACCGAUGUCCAUCCGCAUUUCAUAAGACAUGUCUUGGUUUGAAUGAUAUCCCUCAUGGUGACUGGUUUUGCCCAUCAUGUUGUUGUGCGAUUUGCAGCCAAAUCAAAACAGAAGAGUCUGAGAAUGUACUUUUUCUUACUUGCAUUCAAUGUGAACAUAAAUAUCACGUUGGAUGCUUGAAAAAUAGAGAAAAGGAUGACUCAAGAAGAUAUAUGGAAAAUUGGUUCUGUGGAAAAGAGUGUGAACAGAUAUAUGCAGGCCUACAAAGUCUAUUAGGAAAGCCACUUAUUGUGGGUCCGAACAAUCUAACUUGGACAUUGGAGAAGUUUAACAACUCUGAGAGUUCUGAUGUUGGCAGUUCUCUGAAUGACUCAUUGGCAGAGAAAUACAGCAAACUCAGUGUUGCACUUUCGGUGAUGCAUGGGUGUUUUGAUCCCCUAAAGAACCCUUUCACUGGUAGAGAUAUCAUUGAUGAUGUUAUAUUCAACUCCAGGUCUGAGCUCAAUCGAUUGAAUUUCCAGGGUUUCUACAGUGUACUUCUGGAGCAAAAUGAAGAAUUGAUCAGUGUAGCAACUAUUAGGGUGUUUGGAAAGAAAGUAGCUGAGGUACCACUUGUAGGUACCAGAAUACAAUAUCGUCGCCUUGGAAUGUGUCGCAUUUUAAUGAAUGAGCUUGAGAAGAACCUGGUGCAUCUGGGAGUGGAGAGAUUAGUCUUGCCUGCUGUUCCUGCUGUGCUAGAAACUUGGACCAAAUCUUUUGGCUUUGCACAGAUGUCAAAUUUUGACAGGUCACAGUUCUUGGACUGUGCUUUCCUAGAUUUUCAGGAAACUAUCAUGUGCCAGAAGUUUCUGACAAGGAUUCCAUCUCCCCAGUCAGGUGUAACAAGAGAAACAGAACGAAAAGCAAACGAUGUUUUUACUCUCAGAUAUAGAAAUGAGUUUGACAAGUCCAGUUCAGCAUCAGAAGUAGACCAAGCUGAAGAGAUAGAGAGAAGUAGGAUGGAUGAACAAGUUCUGGACUUUGUUUCUACUCUUCCAACUUCAUCAUAAUCUGAUAUUUACAAACAGUUUUAGAAUGUAGUGAUUAGUUGAUAUUGUGCAGUAUUGAGCUGGUAAAGCAAAAGAUACUAAAUAAAAUAGAGAAACAAACUCAAUUUCUCGGAAUAUUGUUUUUCAUUUCUUAUCAUAAAACUAGAACUGUAAGAUUAAGUGUAAAAUUAAGAUGUCAAAAUAGAAGUACUUUUUCU